AUGUCAUUCCUCGGUGGCGCUGAGUGCUCGACGGCUGGAAAUCCGUUGACACAGUUCACAAAGCACGUUCAAGAUGACAAGUCUCUACAACGCGAUCGGCUUGUGGGAAGAGGCCCUGGGGGUAUGCAUGAAGGCAUGCGGUCCCAGGGCAUGAUGGGUGGCCAGGAUCCGAUGAUGGACGAAUUCGCCCAACAACCCGCCCAAAUGCCCGGUGCCCCCCCACAGCCAUUUGCAAUGGAACACAUGAGACGCGAACUGGAACAAUUCCAAGCCGCUCCGCCGCGAACAGGAUCACCCGGGUGGGCGGCUGAAUUCGACGGUGGAGAACACGCCCGGAUGGAGGCUGCUUUUGCUGGGCCCCAGGGGCCAAUUAUGAAUAAUGGAUCAGGCUUUACGCCGGCCGAAUUCGCCCGUUUCCAACAGCAGAGUCAUGUCGGGAUGCCUCAGACCGCUGGUCCGGCGGCCUCGGCUGCGUCGCCGAUGAUGGCUGGUUAUCAGCGUCCGAUGGGGAUGGGGGGAAUGGGGAUGGGAGGUAUGGGUAUGGGUGGAAUGGGUAUGAUGCGACCUACAUAUAGUCCUAUGGGAGCGAUGCAACAGCCGCAACCCGCGGAAGAGGCUAUGCAGGACAAGGGCAAGGGUCGUAUGGUGGAGUUGGAUGAUCAGAACUGGGAGGCGCAGUUUGCAGAGAUAGAGACAGCUCAGACUAAUGAGGCUACCACGGACGAAGAGGCCAAUAAAGCUAUGGAGGCGGAGCUGAACGAUCUUGACAGGUCAGUCCCCACCACCACCGAAGAUGGUGGUUUUGAAAGCGUAUGGCGAAAAGUCCAAGCUGAGACGUCGGCAAACAGGAAACUGGUUGAAGAAGAGGGCGACUUUGAUGUUACUGAUAACAUGCAUAUGGGCGAUCUUGGAGACUGGGACCAGUUCGAUGCGCUCAACACCCGUUCCCGAGAUCCGCAGCUGGGCGACUACAUGUUCGAAGAGGAGAAUGUUUUCCGGAACGUGAGUGACCCGUUUGAGGAGGGUGUCAAGGUCUUGCGCGAAGGGGGCAAUCUGUCUCUGGCUGCAUUAGCUUUCGAAGCUGCUGUGCAGAAGGACCCCUCGCAUGUGCGCGCCUGGACUAUGUUGGGAGCGGCGCAGGCUCAGAAUGAAAAGGAACUACCUGCAAUUCGUGCCUUGGAGCAAGCUCUUAACACUGAUGGAAACAACCUCGAUGCCCUUAUGGGCCUGGCUGUUUCCUACACUAACGAAGGAUACGAUUCGACGGCAUACCGGACACUUGAGCGAUGGCUUUCCGCCAAGUACCCUUCAGUCAUCGAUCCCAAGAAUCUCUCAUCCGACGCGGACUUGGGCUUCACAGACCGUCAGAUCCUACACGACCGGGUCACCGAUCUUUUUAUCCAAGCCGCCCAGAUGUCACCCUCCGGAGAGCACAUGGACCCAGACGUGCAGGUCGGCUUGGGUGUCCUCUUCUACUGCGCUGAAGAGUACGAUAAGGCCGUUGACUGCUUCUCCGCUGCACUAGCCUCUACCGAAUCCGGUACCGUGAACCAGCAGGAGCAGCUUCACCUGCUCUGGAACCGUCUCGGUGCCACUCUUGCCAACUCUGGUCGCUCUGAAGAAGCCAUCGAGGCUUACGAACAGGCACUCACAAUCAACCCCAACUUCGUCCGCGCACGCUACAACCUGGGUGUUUCGUGUAUUAACAUUGGCUGUUACCCAGAAGCCGCUCAGCACCUGCUGGGUGCGCUGUCAAUGCAUCGUGUCGUUGAGCAGGAAGGCCGCGAGCGUGCCCGGGAAAUCAUCGGAGGCGACAACGUCGACGAUGAACAACUGGAGCGCAUGCUUCACGUGAGCCAGAACCAGAAAAUCAUGGCCAAAGCAACCGGCGCGCAGCUAAUCGCGCGCACACUACGCGAUCUAGGUGUCACAGUGAUCUUCGGAAUCGUUGGUAUCCCCGUCGUGGAGAUAGCCGAAGAAGCUAUCAAUCUGGGAAUUCGAUUCGUUGCGUUCCGCAACGAGCAGGCAUGCAGCUAUGCAGCGAGCGUAUAUGGAUAUAUGACGGGGAGGCCGGGCGUUUGCCUUGUUGUUGGAGGGCCGGGGGUUCUUCAUGCGUUGGCGGGUAUUGGCAAUGCCACAGCAAACAACUUCCCUCUGAUAGUCCUCGCAGGAUCAGCAGAAACCAGCAACGUGACGAAAGGCUCGUUCCAGGAAAUGGACGCCAUCUCGUUUCUAACACCGCAUACCAAGCUCGCUGUCCGCGCAUCCACCCUAGACUCCAUAUCCGGCUCCGUGCAGAACGCCUACAGAACAUGUUGGUACGGUCGCCCGGGUCCGACGUACGUUGAUCUCCCCGCCGAUAUCAUCCAGGGCAAUGCGCCAGCCGGCACUGCGAUCCCGCCUCCUGAGAAGAUAUUACUUCCAUCUCCGCCAAGGGCAAGCGGGGAUCCGAAGAUGAUACUGAAAGCCGUGCAGUUGCUGAAGAGCGCGAAAGCGCCAUUGCUGGUUAUUGGGAAGGGUGCUGCUUACGCGCGCGCGGAGGCUGGGAUUAGGAAGCUUGUUGAGCAUACGCAGGUGCCUUUCUUGCCAACGCCGAUGGGGAAAGGUGUUAUUCCUGAUUCGCACCCGCUGAAUGCAUCAAGUGCGCGUAGUGCGGCGCUGAAACAUGCGGAUGUCGCGCUGGUGCUUGGGGCUAGGUUGAAUUGGAUUCUGCACUAUGGGGAGCCGCCAAAGUGGUCGCCCAAGGCGAAGAUUAUCCAGGUAGAUCUUUGUGCGGAGGAGAUUGGGCGAAAUGCGGGGUCGGCAGAGUUGGGGAUUGUUGGGGAUAUUGACCUCGUGGUUGAGCAGUUGCAGCAUGCGUUGGCGAAUUGGCGAUAUACGCCAUCGCCGUUGCCUGCGGGUGGACAGCCAUUCCCAGUGUUGCUGGCCGAAUCGGCGAAGAAGAACGAGGCUAAAGCGCAGAAAGCAGCGCUGCUCAAGACACCAUCUUCUUCGCCAUUGACUUACCAGCGCGCAUACCAUAUCAUCAAAUCAACUUUGAAUACACUAACACCUCCUGAAGCUGGUGAUGUUGUCUACGUAUCGGAAGGCGCCAAUACGAUGGAUAUCUCCCGUUCAGUUUUCCCUCUUUACCAUCCUCGUCAGCGCUUAGAUGCAGGCACUUACGCAACCAUGGGUGUGGGACUGGGCUACAUUAUCGCGGCGCAUGAAGCCUUCAAUGCCUCCGCGUCGCUCGGCACUACACUAUCCGCAGCAGCUAAACCAAAGAAGAUCGUCGCACUGGAAGGUGACAGCGCCUUCGGAUUCAGCGCAAUGGAGAUCGAGACCAUGGCGCGCUACCGAAUUCCCGCUCUUAUCUUCGUCAUGAACAACUCAGGCAUCUACCACGGUGACAGCACAAGCGAAGAUUCCUGGAAAUCCUUACAAUACCAAACAAUCACAAACAGUACGAAAGCAUUCAGCCCCGAAGAGGAAGGAAAGAAAGGUCUGCGCUCAACGAGUCUUCUGUACGAGACCCGCUAUGAGAAAUUGGCGACAAUGUGUGGUGGAAAGGGGUAUUUCGCGCGUACUGAGGAGGAACUAGAGAAGGCUACGAGGGAGGGGUUCUUGAGUGAUAGUGUUACGGUUGUGAAUGUGGUUAUUGAGCCGGGAAUUGGGAAGAAGAUUGGGUUUGCGUGGCAGGGAGGUAAUAAUAAGCAGGAGGCGAAGCUGUAA